GGCCGGGUCCAGAAUGGAUGUGGCCGACCCGCCGCAGCUGGGCAUGUUUACGGAGGGGGAGCUGAUGUCCGUGGGGAUGGACACGUUCAUCCACCGCAUCGACUCCACGGAGGUCAUCUAUCAGCCGCGGCGCAAGCGGGCCAAGCUCAUCGGCAAGUACUUGAUGGGAGACCUCCUGGGGGAGGGGUCGUACGGCAAGGUGAAGGAGGUGCUGGACUCGGAGACGCUGUGCCGGAGGGCCGUCAAGAUCCUCAAGAAGAAGAAGUUGCGGAGGAUCCCCAACGGGGAGGCGAACGUCAAGAAGGAAAUCCAACUUCUGAGGAGAUUACGGCACAAAAACGUCAUUCAGCUGGUGGACGUGCUAUACAAUGAAGAGAAGCAAAAAAUGUAUAUGGUGAUGGAGUACUGCGUGUGCGGCAUGCAGGAGAUGCUGGACAGCGUGCCCGAGAAGCGCUUCCCUGUGUGCCAGGCCCACGGGUACUUCUGCCAGCUGGUGGACGGCCUGGAGUACCUGCACAGCCAGGGCAUCGUGCACAAGGACAUCAAGCCAGGCAACCUGCUGCUCACCACCAGCGGCACGCUCAAGAUCUCCGACCUGGGUGUGGCCGAGGCCCUGCACCCCUUUGCCGAGGACGACACAUGCCGGACAAGCCAGGGCUCCCCAGCGUUCCAGCCCCCUGAGAUUGCCAACGGCCUGGACACCUUCUCCGGGUUUAAGGUGGACAUCUGGUCGGCUGGGGUCACUCUCUAUAACAUCACGACAGGCCUGUACCCGUUUGAGGGGGACAACAUCUACAAGUUGUUUGAGAACAUCGGGAAGGGAGACUACACGAUCCCGGGUGACUGCGGACCCCCACUCUCGGACUUGCUAAGAGGGAUGCUGGAGUACGAGCCCGCCCGGAGGUUCUCUAUUCAGCAGAUCAGGCAGCACAGCUGGUUCCGGAAGAAGCACGCGCCGGCCGAGGAGCCGGUGCCCAUCCCGCCGAGCGCGGACGGCAAGGACCGCUGGCGCGGCAUGACGGUGGUGCCCUACCUGGAGGACCUGCACGGCUGUGCCGAUGACAAUGGGGACGAGGGCCUGUUCGAUAUCGAGGAUGACAUCAUCUACACUCAGGACUUCACGGUGCCCGGUGGCGAGGAGGCGUCUGAGGCAGGGCUUAGAGAGGAGAGAGGCACGCAGAAGAGCCAGUGCUCAGACCUUUCUGGAGAGGAAGCUGAGGCCAGGGGCGCAGAAGGGCUCGAGGCCAUAGUGUAGCGAUGCCCCUGCCCCCCGCAGUGCCAGCCGGUGCCGGAGAGGCCAGGCCUGGGUGCCUGGCCACCAACCCUCCCUGACCCUGCCCAGGUGUCUGAGGGCGGCCAGGGCAACUGUCCCACCCCCAGUGUUCACCGUUCCAUUCUGGGGCCGGUUUCACAGGCUCCCAUCAUAAAGGUUUGCCCCGCUGUGCCUGUGCGGGUGACGCUUGUCUCCCUUUUCUCCCUUUUCCCUGGCUCAUUUGCCAAAUGUUAGAUUUUUAUUGUAGACAAACCUGGUGUGCAGGGGUGACCUGUGUGGUGGGUGGGGCCCCUGGGGACACCCCACUAGGCAGUAAUGCUGUGGGCCCAAAGCUGUUUUCCUGGCAGAGCUGGGGCGGGGUUCAGGCAUCCCACUUGAGCAGGUGUGCUUGGGGGUCUGAGAUGCCCGUUCUGGAGCUGGACCCCAAGUGGCAGUGGCUUUGGCUCAGCCGUAACCCUGUAGAGUCCCAGGAGGUGAUGCAUGCUUGGUGUCUGUGGUCUUGUAGAGGUCUUCUGUAGAAUGGGAAAGAGGUGUCCUGCCUCUCAGAGGUGCUGGGCUCUCAUGUCAGGACCUUGGGAGCGGCCCUCGCUGGCGCGCCAUCUGCUGUCUCAGCAAGGUGGGGUGAGCACUCUGCCAGAUGCCCAGACCCCUGCCAGACCCCUGACUGUGUGUGUGAGAGGCCAGGAGCUGCCUGUUGUGGCUGGGGAAGGCUCGUGCCACAGCGGCUCUCCGGCUGGAGUCCGACGCCCGACUGUCCAUCCGUGGUAGAAGGAGCAGAGCCUCUCCCAGGACCGCUGACGCUUUCUCGGAGCCCUCGUGGGUCCACAGUGGCUGUGCUGAGGCCUCGUCCUCUCCUCACUGCAGUCCCAGUGCUGUGGUCGUCCUCAGAGGCUCUCAGCUGCUUGGCCUUGGUCUCCUGGGACUGUCCCCAUUGUGGGGGUCUGCCUCCUGCCCUGAAAGCUGGGUGACGGGCCUUGGGCCAGAGGUGGGUGGUUGUGGGCGAUGCUCCAGUCCUUUGAGGAUCAGGAGGCCAGAUCCUGUACCCACCCCCCCUGCCCCGACCCGAAGCCACAGUGGCUGUGCCCACAGCUGGGCUCCAGGUGGCGUGUGUGGAGCUGCGGGGCUCAGUGCCUGCGGGGCUCCUCCCCUGUCAUAGCGGGGCUCCUCACCCCACACAAGACCUCUCCCUGGCAGAAACUUGUCAACAGUGACGAACUCUGAUCUAGGAUGCCUCCUGUGUGCAUAGGGGUGGCUCACGGCAAGUUCCAGAAGCUGCUGAGUCAGAUACUGGGGACCUUUGGCCUAGAGGGGGCUCUGUGCUGGCAAAGAGGCGGACUAGAGGCGGCUGAGGGCAGCUUCCCACCCGAGUCUGGGGAGGGUGGGGUGUGGGCAAGAGGCCAAUUUUCCAUGUGCGCUGAAUGAGCUAUGCAGGCCCUGGCAGGUCGGCUGACCCCUGUAUGCCCUCCUCCUCCUCCCAGCACACCUCAGAGCACAGGAGUGAGGCAGUUGUGCGGCUCCAGGCCUGUGACCCCCCUGGACGCCAGCAAGGGCCGGUGCUGCCUGGUAGCGAGUAGGGGCACAGCAGGCCCCUGACUCUGAUCUCUUCAUCCCGU